AAUUUUAUAUUAUUAUAAUAGUAAUAAUUUUUUUUUUUACAUUUUUUAAUAGGUUAGGGAAUGCUCAAUUGAUAAUUUUAGUUAUGUAUACAAUACAUUUCAAAUAUAUGGAAUAUCACAGAAUCCAGUUACAAAAGAUUAUAUUAUGGUUCUUCGAGAUAAUUUCUGUAAAAAAUGUGGUAAAGCAUACACAAUUAUGAGACAUGAAUGGUGCAGUCCAUGUCAAACGAAUUAUUUGAAAAAAUUUUUUACAAAUCAUACCAGUGGAAAUCAAAAAAUCGAUGAUUUAAUUCAAGAAAUGCAAUCAAAAAUUAACGAACCAAGUGAUAAAAUAUUUGAAUGGAUACCAUACGAUCAGUUUAAUGAUAUUAAAAAAGUGGGUGAAGGUAGAUUUGCGAUCGUAUAUUCAGCAAUAUGGAAGAAUGGUCCAUUACGUUAUGAUAUAGAGAAACAGGAAUAUACAAGAAACAAGAAUGUAAAGGUUGCACUAAAAUGUUUAAAUAACUCACAAAUUAUUUCUGACAGAUUUUUAAAUGAAGUUAAAGCAUAUCCAAUUAAUGAUAGUAAGUGUAUUAUUUCAAUAUAUGGAAUAUCUCAAAAUUUAGAAACAAAAAAUUAUGUUAUAGUUUUUGAAUAUGCAGAAGGUGGAACAUUAACUGAUUGGAUGAAGAAGAAUUAUGAAAAUUUUGAUUGGAGAAAUAGAUUAACGAAAUUAACAAGAAUUAUUCUAGGUCUUGAAGAGAUCCAUCAAAAAGAAAUGAUUCAUCGUGAUUUACAUGCGGGAAAUAUAUUACUUGAAGACGUCUCAUUUUCUGAUCAUGAUGUAUAUGAUCCUGAUAAUGUAUAUGUUUCAGAUAUGGGAUUAAGUGGACAAGUUAAUGAUACAGAUGAAAUAAAUAAAACAAAAAUUUACGGAGUUCUGCCAUAUGUAGCUCCCGAGGUUUUAAAUGAAAAACCUUAUACUCAAGCAUCUGAUAUAUAUAGUUUGGGGAUGAUUAUGUAUUUUAUAGCAACUGGAAGACCACCUUUUGAUGGCCGUAAACAUGAUGAAGAUCUAGCAAAUAGAAUAAUGAGUGUUGAUGAUUUUAGACCUGAAAUUAAUGAACAAAUAGUACCAAAAUGUUAUAUAGACUUAAUGAAAAGGUGUUGGGAUUCAAAUGCAGAUAAUAGACCAAGUGCUACUGAAGUAAAAGAAAUGAUUAGUGUUUUUUAUCAUUCAUAUACACGUCAUCCUGAAUAUAAAUAUCUUACAGAAAUUGAAAUUGAAAAAGAACAGAGUGAUGAAAUUAAAGCACAAUUUGAACUUGCAGAAUUGAUUAGGGAAGAAUAUACUUAUUAUUCUUCUACAAAUAACGAUAAUCAAAAUAAUCACCCAGAUCAUGAUAACGAUGAUAAUAAUAAUGAUGAUGAUAAUAAUGAUGAUGAUAAUAAUGAUGAUAAUAAUAAUGAUGAUAAUGAUGUUAGUGAUCCUUCUGCAUUUGUACAAGCGAUAGCAGAUGAGGUAGUACCUAAUAAUAAUAACGUUAGUGAUCCUUUAGCAAUUGAACAAGCGAUAGCAGAUGAGAUAGUACCCUAUAAUAUUGGCUAAAAGACUACCCUCUUGGCUUACCCUAUAUAAGAUGCCCUUCUCAAUAUAUCGAAUACAUAAUAUGUGGAUCCAUUUAAUUUGUCUAAAAAUAUUAAAAAUCAAAAUUUAAUAUUAAAUUUUU